AUGGGUGGCUGCUUCUGUAUCCCUGGGGAGCGGAGUCUGCCCUGGGGCCCAGGUAAAGAAGGUCCUUCCAAGGGUCCAUCUGGAUUGAGUGAGGACACAUCCUCACUUGAAAACAAGGGAAAAUGUUUCCUGCCACCGAACACGACACAAGAUCUGGUGCUCUCAUUCUGUGUGAAGAGUCGCUCCAGGAGGUGCGUCAAUGCAGCCUUACAGGAAGCUGCACGCAGGCGGCUGUGGGCCCUGGAGAACGAAGACCAGGAAGUCUGUGCGCUGUUUAAGGACCUCUCUGCAAGGUUGGUGAGCAUCCAGUCCCAGAAGGACCAGUUCCUCAUCACCUUCAAGACUGUGGAGGAAAUCUGGAAGUUUUCCACCUACCUGAACUUAGGCUAUGUGUCCACAUGUCUGGAGCACCUCUUCUUUGACCACAAGUACUGGCUCAACUGCAGACUGGUGGCUGACACAGAGAUCCAGGUGUCUGUGGACGACAACCACUUGGAAAACAUGUACCUGGGCCUCCUGCUGCAGGAAGGGCACUUCUUCUGCAGAGCUGUGUGUUCUGUGGCUCAGCCAGCUGAGAAGGAAGGAGAGUAUUUGACACUGUGUAAGAGUGAGCUGAUUUCUGUGCUCCCCGAAGGCGAAUCUGAGUGGGAAGGCGUGUCCUUAGUGACGGGUCAGAGGGGCCUUGUGCCUGUGUCGGCCCUGGAGCCCCUGCCUGUCCCUUUCCACCAAUGGUUCCUGAAGAAUUACCCAGGAAUCUGUGGCCUUCCCAGGAGGGGAGACUGGACAGGCUCCUGUCAGAUUGGCAGAGGACGCUGCAAGGCUCUGAUGGAUUACAAACAGGAGGAAAAGGAUGAGCUGCCUUUCCUCCAGGGGGAAAGCAUUGAAGUAAUCGGCUUCGUCAUACCCGGGCUGCAGUGGUUCAUCGGGAAGUCUGUGAGCUCAGGAGAAGUGGGGUUUGUCCCCACCAAGAGCAUAGAUCUUGAUUCCUGCUCCCCAGUGAGCAAGAACUCAGCCUUCUUCAGUGAUGAGGAAAGAUGUUCUCUCUGGUUCCCGGGAAACGACAGGAAGGCUGAGUGUUCCAGCUUCCUUUGCGCACUUGCUCAUACUGACAUCACCUCUGUCUACCGCUUGAGUGAGUUUGACUCCAUCCAGAAUCUUCAGAAUGAUCUGAGCGCAUCUCAGCCUGAGGGCUUCCAGGAGGCCAGGUCUGGUAGGACCUGGGUGGAGCAGCAGACCAUGGGUUCCAGACGGUCCAGCAGUUCUGUGGAGUCCAGCCUUGAGGAGGAGCUCCUCUCAGCCUCCUCAGACAGCUAUCACCUUCCAGAGCCUGACGACCUUGAUGACCCAGAACUGUUCCUGGACCUAAGCUCUAGCCUGGAAGAGGACGAGGUGGAGCACUUUGCCCCCAUCUUGGCUUUUCUGGAUCAUGAAGGCUACACUGACCACUUUAAGAGCCUCUAUGAUUUCUCCUUCUCUUUUCUUACAUCCUCCUUUUAUAGUUUUACUGAGGAGGAUGAUCUAGUGGCCUACCUAGAGACUUCAAGAAAGUGGGCCAAGAUGAGCCACAUGACGUGGGCCCAUGCCCGGCUUUGCUUCCUCCUAGGCCGACUGAGUAUCAGGAAGAUCAAACUUUCCCAGGCCAGGGUAUACUUUGAGGAGGCCAUUCGAGUCCUUGAUGGGGCAUUUAAGGACCUCUCCCUGGUGGCUGCUCUGUACAUCAACUUGGCAGCCAUCUACCUGAAGCAGAGGCUGAGACAUAAAGGGCCAGCCUUGCUUGAAAAAGCAGGCAGUCUGCUGGCCUGUCUGCCGGACCGGGAGUUCAGUGCCAAGAUUGAGCUUGAUGUGGUGGCGUAUGUGCUGCGUCAAGGGAUUGUGAUGGGGAGUGGCCCUCUGGAGGCCAGGUCCUGCUUCCUGGCCAUUCGAUUGCUCCUGAGCCUUGGCCGGCAUGAGGAAGUUCUGCCAUUUGCAGAGCGUCUGCAGCUCCUUUCUGGACACCCUCCCACUUUGGAGGCUACCGACACCAUGUUGAGUUUUCUGUACGACAAGAAAUAUCUUCCACAUCUUGCGGUAGCCUCUGUUCAGAAACACGGCCCCCAGAGUGGCCAGGGCAUGUCUGUUUCCGUUUGGCAGGCCUGUUUGGUCCUCCAGAAUGCCAGCAAGAUCCUUGGCGUUCCUUCCUCAAGCCAGGGUGAAGUUUCUGCCCUGGCCUGCCCAACCCUCAGGCAAGCCCUGGAUGCCUGCAAGGAGCAGACUGACCUGAAUAUCCAGAGGUCCUUGUGUCUACUCUUGUCCAAAAUGUACCUCCACCACAGGUCCUCUGAUGCCUCUGUCUACUACCUGAGCCAGGCCCAAAGUUUAGGGAAGCUACUGGGCGAACAGGAAGCCUUUGAAUCUUCUCUCUGUCUGGCAUGGGCUUAUCUCUUAGCCAGGCAGACAAAGAAGGCUUUGGAGAUCCUUGAACCACUGCUGUGUUCCUUAAGGGAGACGGAGUGUGUGACCCAAAAAGGAGUGCUCCAUAACCUCCUGGGACUUGCAUUUCAGGAUGAAGGCCGGACAGGCAAGGCAGCCAAGAGUUACCUCCGAGCCUUGGUCAGAGCUCGGGAGAUGGGAAACGUGCGCAACCAAGCCGUGUCUAUGGCCAACCUUGGCCACUUGACCCUCAAGUCCUGCAUGCAGCAGUCAGCAAGGGGUUAUCUCUUGGAGGCUGUCCGGCUCUAUUCCGAACUCCCAGCCAGCAAGGAGACAGACAUGGAGUUGGUACAAGUGUUACUCUGGUUGGGCCAAGCUCUGGUGUCAGGACGCCAGCUGGUCCACAGCCGCCUUUGUUAUGAAAUGGCAUUGCUGUUUGGCCUACGGCACCGGCACCUGAACAGUCAACUUCAGGUCACCAAAUCCCUCUGCCAUUUCUACAGCUCUGUGUCCCCAAACCCCGAUGCAUGCAUUACCUAUCACGAACACUGGCUGGCCCUGGCUCAGCAACUCAGGGACCGGGAAAUGGAGGGGCAAUUACUGGAGUCCCUUGGGCAGCUUUAUAGGAACCUAAAUACAUCCAGGUCCCUCAGGAGAUCUCUCUCCUGCAUCAAGGAGAGCCUGCGUAUUUUUGUUGACCUUGGGGAGAGAGACAAGGCUGCUGAGGCCUGGCUGAGGGCUGGGCGCCUGCAUUACCUCAUGCAGGAAGAUGAGCUGGUGGAACUGUACUUGCAGGAGGCCAUCCAGAUAGCCUUGAGGUCGGAGGAGCCCUCCCUUGCCCUCAGGCUUUACGAAGAAGCAGGUGAUGUGUUCUUCAACGGGACCCGGCACAGGCAUCGCGCUGUGGAGUAUUACCGGGCUGGGGCCGUUCCUUUAGCGAGGAGAAUGAAAGCCCUGCGAACUGAGUUGCGCAUCUUCAACAAGCUGACUGAGCUGCAGAUCAGCCUGGAGGGCUACGAGAAAGCUUUGGAAUUCGCCACCCUGGCUGCCAGGCUGAGUGUCCUCACGGGAGAUCAGAAACAGGAGCUGGUGGCCUUUCACCGCCUGGCCACUGUGUACUUCUCUCUGAACAUGUUUGAGAUGGCUGAAGACUGCUACCUGAAGACUCUGUCCCUGUGCCCACCAUGGCUGCAGAGCCCCAAGGAGGCACUGUACUAUGCCAAGGUGUACUGUCGUCUGGGCCAACUCACUUUCAACCAGCUGAAGGAUGCCCACGAUGCUACUGAAUACUUUCUGCUGGCUCUAGCAGCUGCGGUCUUUCUGGGUGAUGAGGAGCUCCAAGACACCAUUAAGAUCAGGCUGGACAACAUCUGCCAGAGUCCCUUGUGGCACAGCAAUCCCUUGGGGUGCUCGUCAGAGAGGGCACGGUGGCUCAGUGGUGGGAGCCUGGCCCUCUGAAGAAACCCUUUUUCUUUCUUACCAUGUUGCCAUGGCUACGUGCUGCCUUCCUGCCCCACGUUCUUAGAUCUGGAACUGGGAGGGUUCAAGUUAUCACCCCAUUUUAUGGAGAAGAGCACUGGCCAUAAGGAGAGGGGCUAUGUGAGGAGCAUUCUGGCUUUACGCUUUGCCUCGGGAGCUUGGUCCAGGUCAUUGUGACGCCUUCCUCCACACACAACUCUGAAAUGCCUUCUCUCAACCCAGCUCCGGAGAAAGUGAGGAAAGCAGGCACGGCGCUGGGGAAAGGGUGAGCAGCCUGCCCUGAUGUCCUUAACGGUGUUCUCAGGGAAAGACCCUCCAGGGCAGCGGAGGGACCCAUUGUUUCUUUCUCACUUUCUUCAAAACCAAAGGAGUCGGCACUUGGUGCUCAUGGGGACUGCUGGCACAGAAUUCUGCGUGGUUCUUGCUCAGGAGACACAGCCUCAGAACACUCGGGUGGGAUGCACAGAGGUCCAACUGGGAUCCAUGUUCUCCAUUCUACCUGAAUGCAUGGUUACUGUAUGACCUCCCAGAACCUCCAAUGAAGCUUACCCAGGGCUAAGGCUUGAGAAUUAUGCCAUACAUUACGUGUAAAUACUGUAUAUCAUUAAAU